GCAACUGCCUUCUGUACCAUCCAAGAGCUGAGGACAAGGGGUGUAGCUGAAGUCAUUUUGUUCUUCUUGGGACUACAGCAGAGCCAGGCAGUGCAGUGUUUGGUCACCACCAAACACCCCCAGAGCCAGGUGUCUCAUGAGUCCAUUCUUUAGCACGAGGUACCCUCAGCACUGCUUCAAAGUCCUCUCUGGGCAGGUUACUUUAAAUAGAAGAGGAAAGGAAAUGAACAGAGGAGCCGGCAAAGCUCAUCUCGCUUCUCAGAAUUGAUUCUCUGAUCCUUUUUACUAUCUGUGCCCCCCCGAAAAUCUCCUCUAGAUUUCUAUCUGCACCAUUCCAACUUCCUGCAAUAGAGGAAAGUCCCUAAAGCUUUUUCAGCCCUUUUGAAAGAAUCCACCUCUGCAGCCAGACACCAAGCUUCAUUUCUGUGCCAAAGACAUGAAGCACCGUCUGGGUUUCUUGCUGCAGAAGUCAGACUCCUGUGACUACAGCUCUUCCCAGGGCAAGAAGGAGAAGAUAUCUUCAAGCCAGAGGCUUAGCCAAGAGGAAGUCAGAAAAUGGGCAGACUCUUUGGAAAACUUGAUCCAUCAUGAGAGAGGACUGGCUGCUUUCCGUGCGUUUCUCAAAUCUGAGUACAGCGAGGAAAACAUCGAGUUCUGGGUCAGUUGUGAGGACUACAAGAAAACCAAGUCACCAGCCAAGCUCAGCCCCAAGGCCAGAAAGAUCUAUGAUGAGUUCAUCUCAGUGCAGGCCACAAAAGAGGUGAACUUGGAUUCAUGCACACGGGAGAAGACAAGCCACAAUAUGCUGGAGCCUACACUGUCCUGCUUUGAUGAGGCUCAGAGAAAAAUAUUCACCCUCAUGGAAAAGGAUUCUUACCGCCGUUUCCUCAAGUCCCCUUACUACCUGGACUUGGUCAGCCCACCUGGGGCUGGCUGUGGGCCCGAAAACUGCAAGAGAAACCAUACUCACUCCUUAGACUGCAACUCUAACAUCAUCUCCCAGUGUGCCUGAACCUGCAGCAAGGCAGGUGCGGGCUGGGCUCUCGCAAGAAUAUACGGCAGCAAAAGCAUUCAUUGGCAUGAAGCAACAGAGCUGUCUCCAAUAGCUGUCUAAUGUCCCAGUUGUAUCCCAUGUCAUGCAACAGCCAGCAUUUGUAACCCAAUCCAGGCUCAGUUUGUGUCGCAAACCCUCCUCUGACUCGGUCGGUGUGGAGUGCUGGGGUCUGUGUCUGACAGGAAGGCUGGGUGCACUCACGGCGUGCCCGCUGUGGGUCUGGCGAGCCCUGCGAGCCCAGGCGGGUGCUGGGAGCUCCUGCCCAGCCCCGGCACUGCCCGCCGAGGGACCAGGCUUGCGGUGUCACCCCAUGACACCCAGCAAGGAGCAGGGCAGAGAGGAAGCCCAGGGAAGCGUCGAGGAUUGUGAUCUCCCCUUUCUAAUCCACAAAAGCUUAGGUGAAAAGGACUCGCUCUGGUCCUUAGCUGUUCAUAUAACUCCCAAAUGUGUCUAGGCUGUCAGAAGUGUUUGCUCAGAGCUCAGGCUGUGCUGCAUUGCAGUAAUCAGGCAUAGGAAGAGCUCCUGCUUGUUCUCAAAGGGAGACCAAAACUUCUCAAACAGCCUCCCUCAACCAUCACAGCCACCAUCACAGGGAAGCUCUUCCCUCUGGCUGCUGCUCCCUCUGUAGCUUCAGGUUUAUGCUGGGCAAGGAUCUUUCCUGGAGCUACAGAGCUGUUAUUUUGGUGGAGGUUCAUUAUUUCAUAUAUUAUUAAUUGUGACCUUCAUGCUCCCAGGUUAAAUAAUUUAGCUGAGCAGAAGAGAAAUAUGUUCCUUCUCUCCCACACUGACAGAUGUAUAUUCCUGACUCUGGGAGUGCCAUUUGGAUUCAGGUUUACCUGUCCUGGCUUGUAUGGAGCAGUUUGUGAUGGAAUAGGACCACAACAGCUGGGGAGGAAAGGCCCUGCUUGGGAGUACUUGAAAACGUUGAGGGGUUUUAUAGUGAUAUUUACGUGAGUUUGCAUUUCAGUAGUAGCAUGGCUCACUUUUCCUGAAGAUGAUAGGAGGAAUGUGUCUAUCUCAGUACUGCUGCUGGGCUUUGCCAGAAGGCAUCUUACUUUUUAAUUGCUGUGGUUAGACACGGCCUUCGCUGUGGGCUUUGGGACUGGCACUGACCUGCAGUUGGAAGCACAAGAAGCAGCUGCAGAACUUGCUGCCUUGGGCUGCAGCACCAGGUAUCUCACUCUCCCCCAGCCCUUGGUCUCUCCUUAAUUAGGUAUCGCUGCUCUGGCAACUGUGUAUUCCACACUCUGCAUCCCAGUCCAGACAACAGUUCUCACACCAAGGUUUUUGGCAUGGCAGGAGGAGGAUGUGGUUCUCCAGGCCCAUAGACAAACGCCUUUUUUAACAUUUGCUUUAUUUUGUAUUUAUUCAAUGUACUAACACGUAUUGCCCUGCAUGUUCAGCUAAAAGAUGGAGAGGCUUGCUAAAGUGCUGAACGUAGCCAAGCAUGUGGCUAUGUUUUAUUUUCCCCUGGUACUGGGAACUCUUGAUAACUAUUGCAAAAACUGUAUUGAUAUUUAAAUAAUGAUGAAUACAUUCUAAAUAAAAAUGUUUGCGUUA